UGAAUCGGGUCAGGGACAUAGAAAGAGAUACAGCAAUCUUGUCGUGAAGCUCUGUUUCUCAGGGACAAGUAGCUUCGAAACGUGGUCUCUUGACAGAAAACAACAGGGGUCUUAAUUUUUGCGACCUAAUCUAUUUGUAAACACAGGUACUGUGGUAAAGGGAUAAAAAAAAAGAUCUACACAUGAUCCAAGUUCAUGCGACGUAUGUCAAGCAGCAAGGUGAUGUGAUUAUAGAUUUAUAGAAAUAAAGUAUUGUUUUUUGUUUUGUUUUGUUUUUAAUGGGGGCAGAUCAUAAAUGAUGAAGUUGGUGUUAAACGGUAGCACAAGGUAGACGGAUUAGUACCGAAAUAUUUUACAUUUCAAACAUUUUCAGUGUGGUCUGAUGCAAGUGAAAAAGCGAAAGGCUUUAGAUCGCUGUUUUUAUUAGUAAACGGUAGGUUGAAAAUUAAAUAGGCAAAUGAGAACGUUAAGGGGACAUGGACGGGAACCACAAGACCUAAACCAAUCUGUGGACUCAAACAAGUGGGUGCUUUAAAUAAAAGGGGAUGGGCAUAGCAUGUAAAUCAAGUCUCGCUUGAACGGUGUUAAGAACAGACCAUCCUUGUCAUUCUUAGGGUUAUGUGAUUGUAUGGGUAUGUUGCUGACUCGUUUUGUAAGCCGGAGCUGCUAGUGAACACGUGGAUUUUCCUUUCCCCAGAGCGAGCAUCUUCUUUGGUUACUGCUUUUACUGGCAUUAGUAACACCUGGCGUAUCUUUGACACUGGACACUUGCCUUUCCUCAGAGUAAGACAAUAGAUCUAUUGUAAACGACUUUAAUUCUGUGUUGAACGCUGCUUUGGGAUGAAGCGAAAAUCGAUCAAGGACUCUAAACGAAUUUCAAUAAACUCUAAACACGCAACUUAGAGCCACCAAACAUACAUGGAAAAGAAGACUUAAAAGAAGACUUUGUACAAUCUGAUCCAAAACCCACAAAAGAGAAGGCACAGAAAAAAACAUGAAGAAAGACGGUGGGGUGAACAGCAGAAAACAGUCCAGCUCAUCCCUGAAGGAAGACUGAACCUCAACUGCACAGGGACGCUGUGGAAAAUAUACAUGAAAAGCAAGCAAAAGGAAAGAGAGAGACCAAACGCGCAAGACUGAUCAGAAAUGUUGGCCACUAGGGAAAUAAGCACAAACCAAACUGAAGCAGUGAAAUAUUGAAGCUCUCUCCAUGAACACCUUCUUGUGCUCCACUCAGCCAACAGACGGGCUUUAUUAAUACAGUUGGGGGUACAUCUUCAGAAAUCUUCCAGCUCUUGUAAUUUUUUAUACAAAGUGUUUUCAGGACAUUUACUAAUCUUUGCCAAACUAGAACAAAGCAGUAUAGGACCAAAAAAUUCUAUUUUUUCAGCCUUGGACUGUAAUCAUUUUUCUUGCCUUGUUGUAAUUCAACAAGAAAGGUACCAUUAACUAGUCUUUCAUGACUGCCGCAGGAGCACAGAUGGCUUACCAUGGGGGGUUAGUAAUGAAUGCCCUCUGCUGGUGGGUGGCAAUAUUUACUUUAAUGCAGACAGUUGGUGUCAGAGGGGACUGUUGGCUUAUUGAGGGGGAAAAGGGCUUUGUGUGGCUGGCAAUUUGCAGCCAGAACCAGCCACCUUACGAGUCAAUCCCACAGCACAUCAACACCACCAUAGUUGACCUUCGACUGGAUGAGAACAAAAUCAAGAGCAUCCACUACUCCUCCCUCAGCCGCUUUGGAAACCUGACCUUCCUGAACCUGACGAAGAAUGAGAUCUCCUACAUCGAGGAUGGCGCGUUUUCAGCCCAGUUCAACCUACAGACCCUUCAACUUGGCUUUAACAAGCUGAGGAACCUGACCGAAGGGAUCCUCAGGGGUUUGAGCAAGCUGGAGUACCUCUACCUCCAGGCUAACUUGAUUGAGACUGUGACCCCCAAUGCCUUUGGAGAGUGCCCCAACAUUGAGAACAUAGACCUCUCCAUGAAUCGGAUCCAGCAGCUGGACAGCAUGACCUUCGUGGGGCUGAGCAAGCUAACCACAUGUCAACUUUACACCAACCCCUUCUACUGCUAUUGUGAGUUGCUGGGCUUCCUCAAGUGGCUGGCCCAAUUCCCCAACCGAACAAAUGAGAGGAUGCUGUGUGAUUCUCCCCCCGAGUACGCCGGUUACCAUCUUCUUAACCAGAACCCAGGCCAGCCCAAUUACCGCAAUGCACUGAGCAUCCUCUCUUCUGUGUGCUCUGAUGACCCAGAGGUGCCAGCCUACAUCCCACCCCGCUUUAUCUCCACAAGCCCACCGCCACCAGAGACUCCUUGUGGGCUUGAGGACUGCAACUCUGGAUAUGAGCCCAGUGUUAUAAUAACUUUGAAUACCCCUUACCCUGACCCAAGUGCUAAACCAAUUAUUAAACUCAUUGACGUAACCCAAACCACUGCCACCCUUGUUGUGCAUAUUCCUUCCCACUACAGCAAAAUGUACAUUCUGGUUCUGUACAACAACAGCUUUUACACAGAUAUAAGAAACCUAAGAAAUGAAGAGCAGAUUAUUAAACUAGACCAUCUGAAAGCCAACACUGACUACACCUACUGUGUGGCUUCAAUCCGCAACUCUCUGCGUUACAACCACACAUGUCUCUCUCUCACCACGACUGAAAAGAGACGAGGGGAGCCUGUAGCUAACUCCUCCACCGCCACCCACUACAUCAUGACAAUCCUUGGCUGCCUCUUCGGGAUGGUCAUUGUCUUAGGGGUGGUGUACUACUGCCUUCGCAAGAAAAGGCAGCAGGAUGAGAAGCACAAGAAGGCGUGUAGCAUAAAGAAGACCAUUAUUGAACUAAAGUACGGGGCCGAGCUGGAAAGUAGUACCAUCUCCCAGCUAACCCAAAAGCAGAUGAUGGCCGGGGAGAGCAUGCCCCGAAUGCCCUACCUGCCGUCAGCUGGGGAAAUGGAGCAGUACAAACUCCAGGACAUCAGCGAGACUCCCAAAACUACCAAGGGGAAUUACAUUGAGGUGCGAACCGGGGAGCAACAAGAUCGGAGAGAGUGUGAUAUGGCAAUGCAGGGCAACAGCCAAGGGUCAGUGGCAGAGAUCUCAACUAUCGCAAAAGAAGUGGACAAAGUCAAUCAGAUCAUUAACAACUGCAUUGAUGCUCUCAAGUCAGAGUCCACCUCCUUCCAAGGGGUGAAAUCAGGGGCCGUGUCCACUGCAGAGCCCCAGCUGAUGCUGAUCUCAGAGCAGCCACAGAGCAAGUCUGGCUUCCUGUCCCCUGUGUACAAGGACAGUUACCACCACCCCUUGCAGAGGCAUCACAGCAUGGAAGUGCCUCCCAAGCGCUCCAGCACUUCCUCCAGUGGUUCCAUCCGGAGCCCAAGGUCCUUUCGCUCAGAGGGGGCCUACAAGUCAGAGGCUAAGUAUAUAGAGAAGACUUCUCCCACAGCUGAUACCAUCUUGGCAGUCACGCCAACAGCAGCCAUCCUGAGAGCAGAAGCCGAGAAAAUGAGACAUUACAGUGAGCACAGGCACUCGUAUCCCAGCUCACACCAGGGGGAACAACUUGAGGGCUCAGAGAGCCGCAAACCAUCCAUCCUGGAGCCACUGACCCGUUCCCGGCCCAGGGAUCUGACCUACUCCCAGCUCUCACCCCAAUACCACAACCUCAGCUACUCCUCCAGCCCUGAGUACUCCUGCAAACCGGCACACACCAUCUGGGAGCGCUUCAAACUCCACCGCAAGCGCCACAAAGAAGAGGAUUAUAUGGCAGCCGGGCACGCAUUACGUAAAAAAGUUCAGUUUGCGAAGGAUGAGGACUUGCACGACAUUUUAGACUACUGGAAGGGCGUAUCAGCCCAGCACAAAUCUUGAUUCCUCUCAGACUUCCUUUUCAAAUUUGGACCAAAACUACGACAGAAAAAAAAAAAAUUGAAAAUGAAAAAUUAAACUCUUCUGCAGCUAUUUUUAUUCAGACCAAGUUUCUGAACAAAGACAGUUAAAAAUAGAGUCUUGCAUUUGUGGGUUUAUGCACCAAAUUAAAAGAAAAGAACUUUGAAAAACUGUAUAAAUGGUCUUCAUCUUUGUUUCUGUUUUUUAAGAAAAACUAAAAAAAAAAAAUAAAAAAAAAAAAAAAAGCAUUGGAAUAUAAUUACUUGGGUAUCGCAUGGCCGUGUCCUGUGACUGUGUGAAUUAACUAUUGUGUACUUUGAGAGAAAAACAAAAAGCAUAAAACAAAACUUUGUCCGCUGAACACUCUGUAUUGAAGACUCUUUAACUGUGUAUGUGUUUGUCAGAGGACUGCACCCACACGCGCACACUUCUCACUCUGUAAUUAUUUAUCUGUGAAUUCUACAUACAAAAAAUAUAUAUACAGUAUGUAGAGAUGAAAUUUCUAUAUUUGCAACGUUUGCUGUUAAAAAAAUAUCACCUGUUUGUACCAGGUUUUAACCAUGGAUGUAAGAGGCAAGUUCUUCAUUUUUAUGUCUCAAAUGAAUGUCUCCCUGUCCUUAUGGAUAAACAUUGCACUGUUCAAUGAAAUGGUUCACUCUUCUACAAAAUAUCCUGAUUUUUCUGUCUAUUGCAUAUUUUUUGCAUAAGUCACAAGUCAUUCCGGACAAAACUAACAGUAUAGAUGAAUCAUCUAUGAUUUAAUUGUAUUUUACCAAAGUGCUGUGGUAGCAAGCCCUUACAGGUUCUGCUGAUGUAUCAGCCAUUAAUUCAAACCUACAGAUCUGAGGACAGAUGUACAGUAUAUUUUACAUAAUAAUAAAAAAUCGCACCUUUUGUUACAAGCUGUAGUUGGGUUAUUCACAGCCCACUCCUCACCUCUCCUGUAGAAUCGCAUACAGUACAUUUCAAAUAGAUUUACAGUCUUUUCCCUCCUGACAAAACACAA